AUGGCAUGCAAAGCACCUUCACGGCCGCGCAUACGCGAGUCGCGCUGCGCCGAACUUCCCCCCGAGGUCUGGAUCAACAUCUUCAGCUACCAUACCGACGCCGCGCAUCUCUGGACAGCAUGCCGUCGCAUAUCCUCCACCCUCCGCUGGUGCGCCGAAUCCGCCUUCGCCGAAUACUUCCUCCCACACAUCCACAUCGACUUCCAGCUAGAGAAAUACAACCUCGGCGGCAAAAGCAAGCGCCCCGAAGUCCCCGUCACAUUCUCACGACUGGGUAAACGCCACGAGCAAGACAUGGUAUGGUUCAAAGACGCACGCCCUCGACACCUCGUCCAGCAAUUCGACAAGAUGAUGACUCGCUGGGAGGAGAAUGUCAGGAAUUGGACGCCUGAAAUGCCAAACUACACGAUUAGCAUAUGUGGCGCGGUCAAUGAUACAGCGCUCCCUGGCCUCGCUAUCGACGUCGCGAAUCGCGAGAUAUCCUUCAAUUGGCGAGAUAUGCUGCACCUCUUCUACCGCGAGCACUCCCACCUGCACACCCUCAAAUCCGCCUGGCACACGCAAACCACCGCACGCAUACGCCAGAACAACGCGCGCCUCGCCAAAGGCGAGAAACUCAUGCCGGGAGACUACCCGCAGCCCUGGGCCGCGGCCGAAGCUGAGAUGCGCAAGAGCGUGCGGCGGGCGCGGCUCAAAGAGCAUUAUAAAGAUGAUGAGCGCAUGGUGUGGGCGAUUGAGAGCUUGGGGUGUUUUGAGCAGAGUGGGACGGGUGGGCGGGUCGAUCCAGAUUUACCGGGCGCGGGGCUGGGCGAGAAGUGGUUUGGGUGUGUGAAUCUUGUGCAGGAGUUGUUUUUAGAUGAGUGGAGUUGUGAGCAUAGGAUUGAGGGCAAGAUUGAGAGUGAGCGGUGUUGGAAGGGGUAG